CUGCCUCCUAUGGCUCUCGCGCACUUCCUUCAUAAUCACAACAUUGUAGAUCUUGUAGACGUCUUCGACUGACAGCCAAUGAUGGAUGGGUAUAUACUUGUUACGCUUAUCGUGGGUGGAUAUCCGCGAACCUGGUCGUCAUCAUGCCGCAGACAUAUAAAGAUGGUAACACAACGACUUCAUCGAGCAUCCUUACAGCACAACUUCUUGUCCUCUCUCUACAUCCACCUCCAUCUUGACAUCAUUGCGCCACGAUGCCUAACCUUGCACGUCUACUCGUUCUCCUGGGCGCCGUUCUCCCAGCUAUCGCAGCCCCUGUUGUCAGUUCUGCUAGGCGCGACGCUUCACCCACCAAAUAUAUCGUGACUCUGAAACCAAACGCCAACGUCGAUCUAGAGACGCAUCUGUCUUGGGUCGACGGCAUAGAGCGACGCAGCCUGAAUGCCCGUCAGACUACCGGCAUUGAGAAUCGGUACAGUAUCAACUCGUUCCAGGCGUAUGCAGGCGAGUUUGACGAUGCAACACUUGCGGAGAUCCGGAAAAACCCCGAUGUCGCGGCCAUCGAGAAGGAUUCGAUCAUGCACCUCUACGAGGGCAACGCUCCCAAGGCCAAGCGAGAGUUGACGACGCAGUCUGGCGCGACAUGGGGCCUGGGAACGAUCUCGCAUCGCAAGAACGGUACGACUGAGUAUGCCUACGACACAUCUGCAGGAGCCGGUACGUACGCGUACGUGGUUGAUACCGGAGUGGUGCUCUCACACGAAGAGUUCGAGGGGAGGGCGACAUUUGGAUUCACUGCUUUCCCGGGAGAGGAAACUGACACACUCGGACAUGGAACGCAUGUUUCUGGGACUAUCGGUGGCAAGACUUAUGGCGUCUCAAAGAAGACCAAUAUCAUCAGCGUCAAAAUCUUCCAAGGCGCGGAAGGAAACACAACGACCGUGCUGUCCGGCUUCGAGUGGGCUGUUAACGACAUUGUCAGCAAAAACAGGACAGCAGUCUCUGUGAUCAACAUGUCCCUAGGUGGAGAGUCUUCUGAGGCAUGGAAGAAGGCCAUCCAAGCUGCAACUGACCAAGGCGUUCUCUCAGUCGUCGCAGCCGGAAACGGUGAUCCCGAAACUGGCCUUCCUCAGCCCGUAGAGGACUUCUCGCCUGCGAAUGCCCCAUCUGCCAUUACUGUCGGCGCCGUCGACACUACCUGGGCUACUGCGGAAUUCACCAACUAUGGCCCGCUCGUCGAUGUCAUGGCGCCUGGUGUAGACGUCACGUCCGCGUGGAUCGGCUCCAACAACGCGACUAGAACCAUCAGCGGAACCUCAAUGGCUUGCCCACACGUUGUUGGGCUUGCUCUGUACCUGAUGGCUCAUGAAGGACUGACAACGCCGAAGGCAGUGACUGAGCGGAUUGUCAGCCUAGGUACCUCAGGUGGUGUCACAAAUAAGGAGACACUGAAGGGCAGCCCGAACUUGAUUUCGUUCAACGGAAACACUGCAUGAUCGGGAUGAUUGGACAUCUUCUAGACAUAUAGAUUAGAUCUGAAUGAACUAUCAAUGAAUGGAGCCGGAAAUAACGAAUACAAUCUUUCUGCAA